GCCCCAGGCAACCGGAAGAUGCUGAAGAGCUGCGGCCGGCGGCUGGUCCUGUCCCUGGUCGGGGCCCUGCUGGCCUGCCUCCUGGUCCUCAUGGCCGAUCAGCAGAAGCAGCAGCAGCAGCAGCAGCGGCGGCGGCUGCUGCUGCAGGAGGCCCCGGAGGCGGCGGCGGCCGGCGGCGGGGAGGGAGGCCGGCGGGCCCUGCGGAGCCUGGCCGGCGCCGCCGAGGCCCGGCCACGGGAGCCGCAGCAUCCGUCCCCUCCGCCGCCCCGGGGAGACGAGCCCGCCAACGCCGCCGCCGCCGCCCCGCAGCCCCGACACGUCCGCAGCUUCUCCGACUACUUCGGCAGGCUGAGCCGGGUAAGGAGGGACGCGGGCCCGCCGCCGCCGCCCGGCCUCGCCCAGCCCGGGGAAAGCGGGCCCAGGCCCCAGCUGGAGGACAUCCUCCCCCGGGACGUCUUCAUCGCCGUCAAGACCACCAAGAAGUUCCACAAGGCCCGGCUGGACCUGCUCCUGGACACCUGGAUCUCCCGGCACAAAGACGUGACUUUCAUCUUCACGGACGGGGAAGACGAGGAGCUGAAGAAACACACGGGCAACGUGAUCAACACAAAUUGCUCUGCAGCCCACAGCCGCCAAGCUUUGUCUUGCAAGAUGGCCGUGGAGUAUGACAAGUUCAUCGAGUCUGGGAGAAAGUGGUUCUGCCAUGUAGACGAUGAUAACUACGUGAAUGUCCGGAUGCUGGUGAAACUGCUGUCCAGCUACCCCCACACACAGGACAUUUACAUCGGCAAGCCCAGCCUCGAUAGACCCAUCCAGGCCACCGAGAGGAUCAACGAGAAUAAGAUGCAGCCUGUCCAUUUCUGGUUCGCCACUGGUGGAGCCGGGUUUUGUAUCAGCCGUGGGUUGGCUCUGAAGAUGAGUCCUUGGGCCAGUGGUGGCCACUUCAUGAGCACUGCAGAGAAGAUCCGACUGCCGGACGACUGCACCAUUGGCUACAUCAUUGAGUCCGUACUGGGAGUGAAGCUCAUCCGGAGUAACCUCUUUCACUCCCACCUGGAAAACCUCCAGCAGGUGCCCAAGUCUGAGCUCCAUAAACAGGUGACGUUGAGCUACGGCAUGUUUGAAAACAAGCGGAAUUCCAUCCACAUGAAAGGCGCGUUCUCUGUGGAGGCAGAUCCGUCCAGGUUCCGCUCCAUCCACUGUCUGCUGUACCCGGACACUCCGUGGUGCCCCGCCAACGUCGUGUACUAGGAGACACCCAGUCCUUCCUUACCCUCGUCCCGAGAGCCCCUGGUAUCCAUAGGGCUCGCGGGACCCGCGUUGUCCUUGUCCUUGCUGUGAAGCGAUGGAGUGUUUAUUGCUGUGCCCGUGCACAGUGUGUGUGUGUAUAUGUGUUAAUAGGCUGCUGUGCGGCCUGAGCUCCCCCGGCCAGGCGGGGUCGGGGGCCUGGAGGACCAAGUCCUGCUGCCCUCCUCCUGUGCUGGAGGCAGAGGAGACGUCACACACCGCCCCAAUUGGUGCCGCCUGGGGUGGAGCCAUGAGGACUUUUCUGGGUGAGCCACCAUCCAGGGUCGCCCAACGAUCACAGAGUCUUACUCUCUGUCUUGCCUCAGCUGCUUUCUGUCCAGGUUUGCUUUUCUCACCCGCUUUAUACGUCCCCGGCUUGCCCGUGCUUCUUCCCUUCUGCCCUGUCCUCCACGGCCACUGGACUUUCAUCUUCCAUUCCUUCCUCUCCUGGCCUCACCGGCUUCCAGACUCCAGAUUCUGUGUCAGAUGAAGGUUUACGUUUGCAAGAGGUUGGGCGUGGGGAGCGGGAGUGCGGUGAUGCCUUAGUCUCCGUUUCUGAACUUUCUUCUCAGCUGUGCGUGUUUGUACACACACCUGCACACGCAGGAGCGCUAGGAGCUGAAAGACACAAGGGACCGUCGAGCCUGAAGAGGGCCGCUUCUGUCGGUGUCACGCUGGGCCUGGGAAGCAGGUGCUAGGUGUGGAAGGAGGGGUGGGGGAAUAGGGGAACAGUUUGUGUGCAGAACUGGAAAUUCCAGCUCCCUGCAUCGAAAGGAGACCCGGCAGAGGGGUGGGAGGCAGGUGGGAGGAGGCCCAGGGUCCUUGUCUGCUCCAGCCAAAGGAGCUUUUUAUCGACUGAACUAUUUUCAGUCUCAGAUAAAAGCUAUGCAGUAUUUAUAGACAAUUAAUUGGCAACAGUUAAUUGGCGAAAAGGAUGUAUAGGUGUUUUUGUUUGUGUCUUUUUCUAAGGGAAGCGGAGGUUGGGAGAAAAAUUGACAACAGUGAGCUGCGUGGGCUCCUGCGUCUGAGGUUAAUGUCUCCCUUCAAGGCGAAAUCAGUGCCCAGCUAUCAUAGCCUCUGGAGGGGUUUUUCAGUGAGAGGGUGUUGCAGAGUCCGUCGUCACUCGGUAACCUAAGGCCUAAGAGUCUGAGCAAAGCAGCAGGCUUGUGCUCCCUCCUCAGAUGGAGUGGGCUGGGUCUCUGCUCCUGAGAUAGAAGGUUGAGGGGGCUUUCUGCUCUCCACCACCUCCUUCCCCACAACCUUUGCGGGCACCAAUCCAGAAAAGAGGUGCGGGCCCUCCACCUUGGCUUAGAGCAGCUGUUUGGACAAACAUCCAGUUCCUACCCCGCUGCCGGGGGAGAAAAGCCAAGCUGGGCCUGGGGAGAGAAAGAGGGGCACACCCUGCUGCUGUCAUCAAUGCUACCUGGUACAGAGACCCUCCCGAUCGUGGGGCGGACUUAGAGCUGAAUGUUUCCCAUCAGAGGUUGAGUGAAAUUGGCCCAUACUGGGUGUGCGUGUGUAAAUAUUGUACUGUGACAGUAUUUUUUACUGUGUCUUUUUAAAUGGUAGUUUUUUUUUUUUGUUCUUGUUUUUAAUUUUAUCUUUUCUGUGGAUCGGAAAAAAAAAAAACAACCCACUUCGGAUAAUCUUGUCUUUCAAAUGAAAUUGAAAUGUCUAACUCGCAACUUAAUUUAUAUGUUUCCAGUAUCUGGAAUUUCAUUCUGUCCCCUUCCUACUUAGUAGUUGUUCCGACAAAGACUUAGAGUUUGGAAAACAAAUAAAUAACAAGGGAAAUAAAAGUUCUCAGGGAAUUAAACCUGAUCGUUACAUGGUGGGCCCUGUGGCAUCCAUCGUUCUUGGCUUUCAAUAAAGCAGCUUAUUUGCUGGUAA